AUGUGUGCCUCUAACCGCCGAAAACCAGCUGAUACAGACCCCAGCUCAACCAACAACGAUGAUAACAACGGCGAAUCCGUCUCCGAACUGCCCACGAAUGCUGAGGACCGCGCCGCAGCAGCAGCCCUCUCCUCUCUUGAUACCGCCAACAAAACUUGCGCAUCAGAAAACGAUGCGAGUGUACCCAGCGGUGCAGUACUCCCUUCCGCAGCUGACCAGGAGGCGCUGGGUAAGGCUAUGAGUAGAUUGGAACUUAUUGCGGGGGUAGGAAAAGCUGGAGGUUCGGGUGCAGCUGGGGCCGCUGGAUCUGGGAAGAAAGAUGACAAGGCAAAGAAAAGCAAGACGGACGUUCGAGCGGAGGAGAAGGAGAAGGCGGUGAAGAAGGUGGUGAAGGUUGCGGCAGAGGAUGUUGGUCUUUUGGUGGAUCAGCUUGAUCUGACAAAGGUAAAAGCCACGGAGCUGUUGAGGUCACAUGAGGGCGAUCCGAUCAGAGCCAUUCAUGCGUAUAUUGCGCCGUCUACACCCCACUGA